AAUUUCGACCAAAUGCCACCGAAAGCCGCGCGAGGGCAGGCCGAGGCAGCGGCGCGGCAAGCGCGGGCCGCGGCCCAGAAGCACCUCGCCGCCACGGGCACGGGACCGUCGCAGUACGAGGGGGCCACCAACAUGGCGUGGGCAUGAGCCUCGAGCGCGGCGACAACACGCUCCAGGUGCUCGCGCAGCGCCGAGCCAAGGCUCAUCCCCUGCAUGAGUCCAGCCACGUGUCCCAUCAAGCAGCCGCCAGUGCCCCGCGAUCGACAACGGCCGCGGGCUCCAGUAUUGGUAGCACCAUCCAAGUCGCGUCGGAGGCCAGCGCUUCGAACGAGUACGCGACGCGACGUGCAGAGGUUGGUGGCGCCUCGAAGAACCAACUGCCGUCGGGAUGGUUGGAGGCCAAGGACCCAGCGACGGGUGACGUCUACUACUGGAACGAGACCACGAAGGAGACGUCAUGGACAAAGCCCGGUGCUAUCGCUGAGAAGACACCGAUCGAGGAUCUCCCAGAUGGCUGGCAGCUUGUGAAUGACCCGACGACCCAGUCGUCGUAUUACUGGAACGUGCACACACAAGAAACACAGUGGGAAAAGCCUGUCUCGCUCGCCCAAGCCAAGGCCGCCAAGUCCAAGCUCGACGCACUCCUCAAGGGCAUUGGGAAGCGGAGCUUUGGCGACGACGACGACGACGACAUUUCUGUGGCACCAAAGAAGGCAAAGCACCGCGAUGAGAACGACGACGACGCGACGCUUCACGCGUUUCUCGCCGACGUGGACAGCACCGACGCAGUGACUCCUCUGUGAGUGCGUUCAGAAGGCGGCUGUAUGAGUCCGUGCAACCGGACUGUGAUAGCCUGAUAGCCAUUAUUAGUAGCACGCGAUGUUAUUAUUCAACGCGCGUCGAGUAACACCG